CACCUUUUAUCCAGCAGAUGGCGGUAAAGCGUCCGGAACAUAGUUACCUCUACGAUCAGCGAAGAAGAGAAACACCGGAAGCAGAAAGACGCGGCGGCCGCGCUCCGAGGGAAACGAGAGUAACACUGCUGACGAUCCAAAAUAUGUCUAUUGUCUUUGUACCAAAGAAACUGCGAGGAAAGGCCAAAGUUAACCAAGAAACAAUACAGAGGUUGCUGGAUGAAAACGAACAGCUGAUCAGAUGUAUUACAGAGUACAUGCAGAAGGGACGAGCAGUGGAGUGUGUACAAUACCAGCAGAUCUUGCACCGUAACAUCGUCUACUUGGCAACAAUAGCUGACGCCAGUCCCGACAACAUCCCACCGUCUGCAAACUCUGCAGUCGGUGAGGCCUCAGCUGUAGUCCAGAACGGACACGGAGGAACACGGUGAUUUACAGCCCCGUCAAGCCAAUCGAUCCCACCAGCAACAAGAUAUUAAAUGUAUAAACAUGUUUUAUUUAUCUGCAUGUACAAUAAAGGAGAUAUUUUUUGAGUG